AUGCCCGUCAACAACACCCCGCCAUCGUCCUCCAGUAACUCCUACUUGGAGCAGACGGCUUCCGUUCUCACAACUGUUGCGACAUACAUGCGGCUACCGGCCUUGGCGUCCACGGGCAUUGCUGCUGUGCUCACAAGCUUAUUGUACUUUAAGCAAAGAGCUUUGAUCUACCCCUCGCAUAUGCCCCCGAAUGCUCGAGUGGAAGUUCCGCGACCCUCCCAGUUCGGCAUUUCAGACUUUGAAGAGCUAGUCAUCCCUACCAACGAUGGAGAGAAACUAUCGGCCUUCUACAUCCGCGGGUCCCGUGGCGGUCGCAACUCCAACAUAACAGUGCUCAUGUUCCAUGGCAAUGCCGGCAACAUUGGCCACCGUCUUCCCAUUGCCCGCAUGAUCAUCAACUACAUCGGCUGCAAUGUCUUCAUGCUAGAGUACAGAGGCUACGGCCUAUCGACCGGCGAGGCAGACGAAUCGGGUCUGCAUAUCGAUGCGCAAACAGCUCUAGACUACCUGAGGAACCGCGCCGAGACCAGCGACCACAAACUCGUCAUCUACGGCCAAAGCUUGGGAGGCGCAGUUGGUAUAAGGCUCGUCGCCAAGAAUCAGCACAGGGGAGAUAUCGCCGGCCUCGUGCUAGAGAACACCUUCUUGUCUAUGCGCAAGCUUAUUCCUUCUGUCAUUCCAAUGGCGAAGUACGUAACACUACUCUGUCACCAGGUUUGGCCCAGCGACACUAUGAUCCCCCACAUCAACAAGGUGCCUAUCCUCUUCCUCAGUGGAUUACAGGACGAGAUCGUACCUCCUGCUCACAUGCGCCAACUUUACGAGCUAUCGAAGGCUCCAUGGAAAACCUGGAGACCACUCCCAGGUGGAGACCACAACACUAGUGUCCUUGAGGAGGGCUACUUCGAGGCGAUAACCGAUUUCGUCAAUGACGCGUGCAGCGAGCAUCCGGCGCACGAAAAGAGGAGCUUGUAA